AUGCAAGAUAUUUCCAUAUUAGAAAAUUUAUUACUAAAGCCAUAGGAAGAAGCUUUUAAACAUUUAGUCAAAGGAUCUGAUGAAUAUUAUUACUUUUUUUUCCUCAAACUCUUCCACGAAAAAGGAGCUAAUUUAUCUAAGGAGGAAAAAGAACAAUUAAGAGAAUUCAUAUCCAGAGACACCUUACUUUCAGAAAAAAUAAAAAAAAGAAAAAUCUUUGCAUAAUUAGACUUGUAUUCCAAUGAUGCAGUUAAAAGAAACAAAGUGCUAGGAUUAUUAAGAGAAUAUGUAUUUCAUAUUGAGUAUUAUAAUGAUGUAGAACCUCAACCUUUUUACUUAAGUGAUGUAUCAAGGUUAUUAUUUAUCUAAAAUUUAGAGAGGAAGAACAAGAAUAGGAAUAAGAAUAAGAGAAGAUAAUCGAAAGGGAAGAUAUUAUUGAAACCGAAGAAGUAAAUUAGAAGUAAGAGAACCAAUAAUCAGAUGACAACAAUUAUUAAAAAGAGAUAGACAAUAGAAGAUCAUCUGGUAGCGAAAAAGAGGUUGUUUAAUAGGAAUAAGAGAUUUAAUAAGAUGAUUAAUUGCAAAUAGCAGGCUCAUCAUAAUAAUCAGUGGGUGAUGAUCAGGAUAAAUCUGAAAAUUAAGUUGUUGAAUUAAAGGAAGAGGAAGAGCAAUAGGAUUAUGAAAAAUACUAUCCAUCCUAAUUUGAAUAAUCCUUGAUUAGUUUGACCACUAUGUUAGAAACCAUUUACACAUAUUCGCACGUUUAUUUAUCUUGGCUAUAACCUCAAUACUACCAUCUUUUAGAUAUUGAUCGAAUGUUGCAAUUGAAUAAUCAAAAUAUUGUGGAGACAUACUUAGAAAGAGCUGAGAAACUAGAUGAGUAAAUAUUUGUAAAUAAUUAGAAAUCCGGAGGUUUUGAAGUUAUUUAAAUAUCUUAUGAGUUAAAAACAGGAAUCAAGGAAGCUAAACUAAUUUCUACGAAAAUUAUCUGAGGCAUAAUUAACUGAGUUAUCAGAAUUUAAACCUAAAUUAUUGGAUGACAAGGAAUUUGUGACAAUAUUUUAGUAAAUUAAAUUUGAAAGAAAAAUAAAUUAGGUUAAGGAUGAUAAAUAAGCAUUUUAUAACUUAAAGGAGGCUUAAACAGAAUUUUUAUUUAAAUUAUCACCAAAGUUUUAAGAUAUGAAGAUUAGAGAGUUGAAUUCCUUAAUAGAAUUUGGAGCCGAUAAUAAAAUACCUAUUAAAUAAGAGUGGAUGAUAGAAUGGCUUAAAACUCAAUAAUCUAUUUUUAAUCCUUUGGUUGAUGAUUCAUAGCUUAAUCAAAAUAAUAAAAUUGUAUAUUUGAUUGGUAAUAAUUCUCAGUUUAGAAUUCUUAUGAAAUAUUUAGAAACAUAUUUAAGUGAUAAUGAAAGUUUAAGCUUUCUGUCUUAAUAUAUAUCAAAUAGGAUUCUAGAAUAGAUGGAAGCUGAAAUAAAAUUAUAUUAAGGUAAAUAAUUGGAACAUAUCUCAAAGAUUCUGCCACAAGAUAGACUUGAGAGAAUGAACAACGAGAAAAUUCUAGCCAUUUUGGAAACUAACUAAAAGUCAUUUAAGCAUGGGUAUUUAAUUAUAAUAUUUCAAGAGAUUAAGUGAGUUUGUAAUGCAAAUUAAAAAACAUUUAACAAUUAAAAAUUAAGAUAUUUUAAAUUAAUUGUGAAAAUUAUUGUCUUUUAAAUGAAACAAAUGCAAACAUUGACAUGUCAUUGGAUGGGAUAAUUCCCAAUGAGGAAAUAGAAUUCACAUAUCAAUAGCCACCAAUUGAAAUAUUUUAUAAAGAAUUUGCAUUUGAAACUAUAACCAAUUCAAGAUACGGAGCCUUUGUAAUUGAGUUUUUGGGAAGUGGGUUAUACGCUAAAGCCUUUAUUGUGAAAGGAAGAUUGAAUUUAGAGAAUACUAUUACAUCUGCAGGUCACUCUUUAAAAAUCUUUAAUGAGAACAAAGAGAUUUGUAAAGGUGAAGGAACUGGAGUGUGGUUGGAGAAAAAGUUCUACUAAGUAAAUGAGAGAAAUGAAAUUAUGAUACCAUUUUCGAUUAAUCGCAAAAAUAUUAAUUGCAUUAUUGUACAUGAAAAUUAUGCAGAAGUGUCUUCUAUUACAAUUGAGAUUGAAAAAUAUGAAUUGAAUUGCCUAUUUUUCUUGGAUUAAGAGUAAUUCAUCUCAGAAACUGAAGCUUCAAUUACUAUAUUCCCAGAACUCACAGUUGCUAACCAAAAGAUUAAUAUUGGAUUAUUGAAAAAUACCAAAAUUAGAGUACAAUCAACAAGCAAAUCUAAAGUAAUCAGUUAUAAUUAGACAGAAGAAGCAUAAUUUAAAAAUGAGCAGCCUUAUUCAUUUUAAAUGAGAAACCUUUCGAACUUAACUAGAACCAAUAUUGUUGUAUUUGGUUAAAUCCUGUCGAUGACAGAAAAUAAGUUGUUAGACUUAUAGUUUGACUUCAAUAUUGAUUAUUCAUAUGAAUCAAGACUUUGCAAAUAGUACGUAAAAUACUCGGAAGAAAAUGGGUAUGAAUUAGCAGUCAUAGGAAGGAAUGGUGAGAUAUAUGAAAACUUAUUAUUCGAGAUUUCCUUCUAGACUAUGUACUCUACUUAACAAACGACAGCAAAAUUGAAAACUAAUGAAAAAGGCAAAAUAUUGUUGGGACCAUUAGAAGGUGUAAUAAAAUUUACUUCUCGAUGUUAAUCUUCAAACUCAGAGUAGAGUCCUCCUGAUUUAUAUUAUACAAUUCAGAAAACAGAAUAAUAGUAAAAUAGUAUUGCAAUUUAACAUUUAAAAACAACUUAUAAUGAAUUGUUAUAGAAUAUUGAAUUUAAGGUUGAGUAGACAGAGGAGAAAUAUUUAGUGAUGGUAGUAGCUUCUUAGUUCAUUCAUCCUUUAAAUUAGCAUAUUGAAUUUGCUUAAUAUUUACAGAGAAAGCAAUUCAUGAGUAAUGAAAAGAUUGAUUCGAGUUCUCUAAUUUAAAAUGAAUUCUUAUCAAACUAAAAUGUUGAGUUUGAAAUUGCCUAUGUGUAAAAUAGAAGAUCCAAGCCUGCUUACAUAGGAAACACUCUUGAUAAGCCGAGCGUUUUGUUAAAUAGGUAAUUUGUCUAAGAAACUACCAAUGCAGAAGAAUAAGAUUAGGAUGAAUAUGAAAAUGAAGAAUUAUGCGAAGAAGAUGAUGAUGAUGAAUUAUGUAGUGAUAGAUAGAUAACUGAGGAAGAAUGUGCAAGAGCCUACAGAGGAAAAUCUGGCAAAAGAGAAAAGUUAUAAAUAAAAAAGAAGAAAAUGUCAAAGAGGAGAGACAUAGCAGGUGAUAAAUGUACAAAAGUAACAAAGGAAAUUUAUGUUACAAACCACUUGAAUUUUUUGAAGAGUUCUGCUUAAAUUCUAACUGUCAAGCCGGAUUAGUCUAAUCAAUAUGUGUUGACUUUUCCAGAUUAGAUACAGUAAAUUCAAAUAAUUGUUAUAAAUAAAAGAAGUAUUUAAAACAAAGUAAUUGGCCUUAAAUCUAAAGAUCCUUAUAAAAAAGACAUCACUCAUAAAUCAAAACUAGAAAUUGGAAAAUUUUAUUCUCCAUAUAGAGAGUCAAUUAUUAUUUCAAAGGGAUAAGAAUACUUAUUAACUGAUUGUGCAAAUACUCAAUUCAAAAUAAUUGAUUCAUAUGAAGAGGCUUGUUUAAUAAUGAAAAAUAUUUCAAAGAAUUCUGAUAGCUCAUUAUUAGAAAUAUAUUCAACAUGGAAUAGUAAGAAUUUAGAGGAAAAACUUAAACUGUAUAAUAAUUGCCAAUCAGACGAAUUUAAUUUGUUUCUACAUUUUAAAGACCCUGCUUUCUUUGAAAUAUACAUAUUAGGUUAUAUAAGAAACAAAAUAGAAAAGUCAUUUAUUGAUCAAUUUUUACUAAAAAAUGUAUCAUAUCUAUCUCAGAGAGUGUCAAGUGGAAGGUUUACUCAAUUAAAUGCUCUAGAACAGACUCUAUUAUUUAUUUUUUUUAAUGAAAUCUAAGGAAACAAAGUCUAUUCUAAUAGAAUCAAAAACUGUUUACAAUCAGUAAUUCAGAAUUAUGAAAUAAAUUUUGCCGAUAGAAAAUAAUUAUUUGAUACCAUACUAGGAGGAGAAGGUGAAGAAAAAGGUUUAGAAUCGGAGAGCGAGAAAGACUGUUAUGAAGGCGGUGCCGGAGGAGGCGGAGGAGAUAUAUAGUAAUACUGUGAUGAAAAAAAUUGCGUAUAAUAUUAUCGUUAUGAGGAAUGUGAAGAAAUGAUGAGGUAUAGUAGAAGGUCUAGUCCUGAGAAUGAGUGUGAUGAAGAAUAUGUUUGUGAUUCACAUGCUGUUUAUAGGGAGAUGAGCAUUUAGCCAUUUAAAAAUAUUAAAUAAACUUGUGAAUUUGGUGAACUGCAUUAUAGAAAUGGGACAACUCUGUAGAAUCCUAAUUUAACUACUUAUAAUGACUUCUAUCAUGAUUUAGUUGAGCAUUCUAUAUCAUAAGGUAUUAUUGAAAAUCCCUUUGUUUCUUCGAAAUUCAUCUAUAACAAUCUUUAGAAUAGCCAUGAUCUAAUAGUUACUGCAGCUUUAUUAGGAUUACCUUAUAAAAACUAAGCCUAAGUAGAACAGGUGUAUGUUGAAACAGAUUUAUUUAUAAAAGCUCAAACACCAUGCAUUCUGUUAAAGAAAUAAUUAAAAGAAUUGCCAAAAUAAAUAAAUAAAUAGAUAUUAGUAAUAUAAAAGUUUUAUGAUGAAAACAAUAGAUAUAUGAAGAAAGAUGGAGAGAAUAUCGAAUUGUAACCAUUGGAAUUUGAAAUUAAGAAGAUAUAUCAAUGUGAAAUUGUCAUCACUAAUUGUUCAUCCAAAAAGUUAAAUGUAUUUCUAUUGCAAGAAAUACCAAAUGGUUCACUUCCAUACGAUCAAAAUAAUUAUUCAAGUAUAAACACAGUCAGUCUUAAACCCUAUUAAUCAAGCACUUAUCAUUACUCAUUUUACUUUCCAAAUAUCGGAAGCUUUUCAGUUUAUCCUGCAGUUGUAUCCACUGAAAAAGCAGUCAUAGCAGUUGCUGAGGAAUACUAAUUCAUUGUUGUUGGUAGUUCCUAAAUCUUGAACAAAGAGAAUCUCAUGGAUAUCAUUCAAAAAGGGAGCAAGGAUGACAUCCUUGAGUAUUUAAGAAACAACAGCUAGGUUGAUUUAUCCUAAAUUAAAAGAUACUUUAAGGAUCGAACAUUUUAUUUAAAAUGUUCUGAAAUCCUAAGAGAGAAAUUAGAAUUGAGAGAGGAAAUCCUGUAAUAUAGUUUUAUUCACAAUGAUCUAGAAGGAUUUAAGGAUUAUCUUGCCUUAGAAACCAUUCAAAAUUAACUCAUAGAGUAAUUUGUUUAUUUGAAAUCUUCUUUUAUUGAAAUCAAUUCCAUUAGAUUUUAUGAAUAUUAUCCCUUAUUGGCAAAAAGAGUGCAUAACUUAGCUACCGUUGAGUAGGGAAUAUUAAACGUAUAAUUGAAAUAAAAGUAUAAAGAAUUUCUCAAUUAUCUUGUGAUCAAAUAAGAUUUAUCAAUCGCUGACAAAAUCAUAUUUUGCUAUUAUUUAUUACUAUAAUCAAGAAUAAACGAUGCAAUUUAAAUCUAUUAGAGCAUCAAUACAUAAUUCAAUGAGGAUGAUCCAAUUUUGCAAUAUGAUUAUCUAAGUGCUUAUCUAGAUUUUUACAUUGGAUAUCCUAACUUUGAUAGGGCAAGGUCCAUUUGUGAAAAGUAUCUAAGUUAUCCAGUUAUCGAAUGGAGAAAUCUAUUUUAUGAAGUAAUGAAUUUAUUAGCUGAAUUUGAUGGAGAUGAGGAUAAAAUCUCAGAAAGAAAGACAGAUGAGAAUAAACAGAAAAAUUAAGAUCAAGCCAAUAAGGAAGAAUAAUUAGAAUUUGUUGUUGAAAAUGACCAAAUAAAAAUCACCUAUGCUAAUAUUCAUUCGAUUUCUAUUGAACAUUAUUUGAUUGAUCUAGAGGUAAUAUUCUCCAAAAACCCCUUCUUAAGUGAUCAAAAUUACAAUAAUUAUACCUACACAAAACCAAUUUAUUCAUCAAAACAUCCAUUAAAAUUCACUCAAACUUAACAAUAAUUGACUAUCCUAUUUCCUGACAAUUUAAAACAUAAAAAUUAAAUUAUUCAAAUCAAAGGAGAUACGAAAAUUGUAAGUCAUCAUUAUAUUGAAACUAAACUAUAAAUUAACAUCACUGAAAAUAGUGGCUAAUUGAGAAUUUCAAAUUAAGAGGGUAAAUACCUUGAAAAAAUUUAUAUUAAAACAUUCGUUAAGAAAAAUGAUGGCUAAAAUUAAUUCUAUAAAGACGGAUACACUGAUCUUAGAGGUAGAUAUGAUUAUGCUACUCUUGAUUCACAAACUUUAGAAAAAGUAUCCAAAUUUGCAGUUCUAAUUGUUAGCAAUGACUUAGGUAUUAAAUAUAAUCUAUUUAAGGUUCCAUGAUUAAAGAGAUCAACCCUCCCUCAUAAGUAGGAACCUAUGGAAGAGAAGUCAAACUCCAAUCUAAAUUAUGGACUGGGAAAGCAUAGAAGGAAUAAGAAAAAUAAGAAAUCAUCUAUAAAUCAAAGAAAUUAUGCAAAAAAUGA